AUGACCUCUAAAGCCUUCACUCUGAAAGGCCUCUUUGAACAAGUCCGCAACGACUUUGUUAGAGAUACUGGAGUAAGGCUACAUGCUCACUUAGUCAGAGAGGCUGAGGAAAAGGCCAGAAAGGAAGCAGAAGAGAAAGCUCUUCUGGAAGAGGAGAAACGACUUAGAGAAGCUAAAGAAAAGGUUGUUGUUGCUGCUGCGGCUGCUGCUGAAGCUACAGAAAAAGCAAAAGCUGACGCUGAAGAAGCAGCACGCAUAGCUGCAGAAGAGGCUGCAAAGGCCAGCGCUAAUGCUCUGACUCAGGGGGAGCAAUCAAACUUUGACUUCGCCCCUCUGGUAUUGAAAACUCUGGAAGAACUGCAGAAGGAGCAACAAGUUGUGAGAGCAAGAUUGGUUCACCAGGACUCCGUCAAUAACAACAUUCAGAUUCUGCUGACUCAACUGCUCCAAAGGAUGCCUCCGCCUCCAAACCCUUAG